UUUCUUGUUUUACCAAUAUCAUCUUCCGAUCGCUGCUUGCGCCCUGCUGUCACAACUGAUAUUUUCAAACGACGUAGCUAAAGCAGGUGUUGACAAUACAGCAAAAAACUUCACUUAGCUAACUUUAUUCCUCUAUCCAACCGACUGUUUUGACACAAACGAGACUGUGUAGAAAGUCGCUUGUCCAUAAAAACUACAAUUCCCACAAUUCACCCAAAGUAGUACACGUAGUUUCUCGAACCUUGACGCACCUUCUGGCGCCGCUCACUUUUUCAGAAUAGCAAGCUAACGUCAGCGUAACACAGCCUGCCUUUCAAGCUGUUCACACCACAGGGACCUUCAAUUUGGGAUCUAUUUCUGUUUGGAGGUGGUCUCUUGGCGUUAGAGUUAAGAGCCUGCUGCUGCGUGCUAAUGGGAAUACCCCGAAGGAAAACAUUGUGAACUAAACGGGGGCAAGCUAGCGAAACACCAAUAUCAACAACAACAACAUCGAGGGGCAGGGCAGCUGCACAGGCCGGUCUGUGACACUAACUUGAUAUGUUUCUGGUUAACUUAUGCAAAGUUAAAAUUAAGCGUAGGGAUGAAGCUGUCGUUGUGUUUUGUCGUAUCAAGUUACAGUAAUAUCUGUAACGCCGUAUUGACGCUAAGACGCAACACUGGCGUUGUAGCUAGCUAGAUAACCAGCUUGCCAGCCCCAUGUAAACAGAUUUAAAACUCGCUGUGCGUCAUGUAGGUUACAGAGAAUACCUUCAUCAGCUUAUCUAAGUGGUGACAAUAUUGAUCUUUCUGAUCAGAUCCGUUUGUAGUUGCCUACAAAUUAUUCGUGUGUCUCUUCAAAUCAUUUCAUCGAGUGGUCCACCAUGCAUCACUCCGCUCCCUCAAGCAGUGAACUGGGGUUUCUGCCAGCCAUGUAUUCAUUUUCAGGCCCUACUAGCCUUCCUGAAUUUGACCUCGGUUCUCCAAGUACGUCUGGCCACCUACAGAGAGCAACAGUUUCUAACAACAGCUGGGAGACAAGAUGCCUCAGGAAGCACAGAAGGAGAGUUGAUGAUGAGGGAUGCAGUGCCAAAAGGAGGAGGUUAAUGGUGGAGGCAGAAGUGGACAUUUCAGAGAACUCAAAUGCUUGCACUCGUCAUUACUGGCCUACAGCAAACAGCUGCCCUCCCCUGUCUGCACAGCAAGCCUGUCCUUCACUUUCACAGCCCUGUCCAGAGUCUCAGCCCUUGACUUUGCCGCACCCCUCCGCUGCCCUGUCCCGGCCUGAGACAGAGAGCUCCUGCAUGGAAAUUGAAGCAGCUCAGAGGAAACUUCAGGAGAUUGAAGACAGAAUAACCUUGGAAGAUGACGAUGACGAUGAGGAUCUGGAUGUAGAACCAGCCCCGAGACGGCCAGUGUUGGUGAUUUCAGACAGUUUGAAAGAGGGUCUGCAGCGCGGCAUCAGCGACAUCCUCCCCCACAAAGUUGCCCAGUCUGUGAGCCAUUCUUGCAUGGAGUUGGUGUUGUGGCGGCCACCUGAUGACCCCUUCUUCUGUCGGAAGCUAAAGGGUUCGUUACAAAAACAACGUAAACAACAGACAGUAUCUCGGCAUCCCCCAACUCCGUGUCCAUCUCCCACCCCUCACAGUCCCCUGAGCCCCUCCAGUCCACCUGCAGACCCACGCUCUCCUCUGUACAGCUUUCCUGUGGCCCACAGUUCAGGGGAGGAGGACAUGGAAAUGUAAUAGUGCUUAAAGACUUUAAAAGCCAUGCCAAAGUAAGACUGGACACAUAUUCACAUAAAAGGCUAUAAAGGACCCAGAACCACUUUAAGUCAGGCAGUUUGGCAAGGUAUUUUGGCUUUACAUGAAUAUUGUGCUGUUUUAGACGGUUUGUGAAAUACAUCUUUUACUUACGUUCACUCAUGGUUUUCUGACUGUAAUCCCAGGCAACUAUAUAUAAGAUUUAACAAUAACACUCACCUAAUUAAUCUGCUUUAUUCAUGUAAACCCUCUAAGGUAACUGUCAUUAUUUGAAGACUUUGAAAAGUUCUGUAGACAGCCUUACAUAACCAGUUUUAUAUAAUCUGGACCAUUGCCCUUAGAAAUAAGGUAAUUUGUACAGAUUUUUGCCAAAGCCUGGCCAGCACACUGAUGCACUGUAAAUAUGACUUUGUUCAUUGUGAAACAUCAGUGUGCAACAUCUUAAUUUUGUAUAUUUUUAUGUUCCGGUUCUGGGCAUCAUUAACAGGACACUAAAACUGGUUCCUGUGUUGUCACAUUUGCACUCAGCAUAGCUUGCAGUUGUACUUGAUGUGGUAGAAAGAUGAUCUUCCCAUAGUGUUUAGCAAGUACGCCAUCAGCUUUGAGGAAUUUGUAAAGAAGUCACUGAAAUGCACCUUUUUAUGAUUUGAUUGUAUUUUCGUACAUAUGUUACCAGAAUUGCAAAGGCCAUUGAGUGUUAUUACUUUAUAUUUGUUUUUAAAUAAACUAUUCAAUUGUCAAUGUAGAGAUUCUGCAUGGGAUAGCUGAUUUUC